UGUUUUGUUUUUUUCCUCCCAGAGCUUAGACGGGAAAAAAGAAAGAAACCCUCCCCAUGUUUUGAAUUCAAAUGGUAGUAAAAAAAUUAUCUUCAUUAACCAGGGUACAGUGAUUACAGUGUUUAGGACUAAUUGAAUAAAAAAAAUUCAAACAUUUUUCAAAUGUUUCUCAUUGCGCUAAAAAAAUUGGAAACUGAAUUCUUGAAAAAUUUCCAACAUGAGAAAUGUAAGAUGCUUGGUUUAAAAAAUGAGGAAAAAUAUUGGACAAAAUUUUGUCUCAAUUUUACCCCAAAUCUUUUUCCAUCAAAUUUCAGUUAGUUGACCUUUCAAGAUUAAAAAUGUUCUGACCAGCUUUAAUAGUGCUGUCAUUAAAAUAUCCAAGGGUUGGCUUGAUUUGGCAAAUAAUUAAUGAUCUUUUUCCAUCCCGAUUAUGUUUUCUUUUUUUGAGGACAUUAUUUGCAGCGUGGAAAAUUGUCCAGCUGAGUGAGAAAGAUGCCUGCUCCAACAUCACACCUUUGGAAUUACAUCCCAGAAGAAAUCCUUAUCCAUAUAUUUUACUACCUGUCUCUUCGAGACAGAUACACAGCAUUCCAAGUGUGCAGACACUGGGCUGCAGCAGUUACUACUAGUUCAGUGUGGCAUUUCACGGAGAUCAGAUGUGAUUCGGAGGAUGAGGAGGGCAUGCUGCAGAGUUUACACCAGUUCUUAAGCCAAAUCAAACACCUGAAGAUUGUAUUUGACCAGUCCAAGGAGAUUAACCGGAAGAACGUCACUCACAUCCUAGACAUGUUGGCUAUGCAGAACCACAAAUUGCAGAAGCUGUGUAUUAUGUGCCAAGGAGAGAACCCUUACUUCUACUCUGGUCAAGACAUCCUACAGAGCAUACGGAAUAUAUGUCAGAGUGAGAACCACAUAGACCUUCAGCACAUUGAUUUUCGGAGAAUGCCAUUCACCCUUGAUGAUGGGCUUGUUGGACUCAUAGCUGCCAGCAGUCCAAACCUGCACAGUUUGUUCAUCAACAACCGCACACUGGUUUGCAACGUUAAGUCAGAAACCAUUAUAGAGGUUCUGAGAAUGUGUCCUAAAUUGUCUACCUUAGGAGUCUACUAUGCCAGCCUGUCUGAUGAUGUCUUUCUGGAAUUGAUCAAGCCAAAGAGAGAGUCUUUCACAGGCUUAGAUAUUUUCUGUGAACGUCUGGACAAAUACAUCCCAGUCAUUUCUGAAGAGCUUUGGGCUGCUGUCAUCCAGAAGCAUCCUCACCUCUGUGUAGACCUGGAGUUUGACCAUACAGUUCCUGCCUGGAAGAUACCACGAAUCCUAAAACCAAAUAUACCUGUGGGCACUUUACAACUUAAUACCUUCACUUACAUGGUGAACCAGGUUAGAUUUGUCACCAACAGUUACAGCACCACGUUGAAAAGACUGGUGCUCCACACUACUCCUUCAGAGGACUUGAAUGCCUCACUAAUAGACCUGGCAAAGCAAUGUGCCAAUCUGAUAGAGAUUCAUUGUUAUUGUGUGGUGAGUCAGGAUGUGGUAGAUGCCUUUCUUGAGCACUGUCCCAAUCUUAAAAGAUAUACACUCAAGAUUACCAAAGAACAACAUCCUUGGAAACCCGUAAUAGUUCAGUGAUUUGCUCA